UUUCAGUCAACUUUUUGAAAAUCGAUCUAGUUGGAGUUUUGAAGAAUGUUUGACAGAGCUGGAGUUCUUUCAUUUUGCGUUCGCUGGGAUAUGUUAGUUGCGUAUUUACAUCAUGAGUUUUAACUGUAACUAACUGCGAAAAACACUAAAAAUCCACUUGAACUGGAUGAAGGAACUGGGGGUAGUAACUUGCCCUGCGAAGGAAAAAUGUUUAGGGAAAUAGCUUUUUAGUUAGUGUUUCUUUUCAUGAAACAGUACGGUAUGAAAUUAAGUGGUGCUUUUUGAUUGCGCUGCUAAAAUGUUCCCUUUUUUUUGCAGUUAUAUCGUUGGUUUCUUUCAUCUCUGCUGUUAGGAAAGCUUAUGAAAUGCAAAGACAUUUGGUAUCUCUAAAUGCUUGGGUUAUGCUGCUGUUGAUGCGGCUUGCUUAUGCAGAACAUAAGUGUGUUUGGGUACAUGGCACCGUACGUUGCCAUAAGGAUCCUUCGAAAAAUUUGAAUGUUGAAAUACGAGUUUAUGAUCGAGAUGGGCUAUCAAUUGCCAAGAUUAUUGAUCCUGAUGAUUUAAUGGGAGUGACGUUCACAAACGAAGACGGUUCGUUCCAGCUAGAUGGAUGUGGUGAGGACAUUGAUUGGAUUCCUGGUAUUCCAAACAAUCCGGAACCCUAUUUACAAAUAUUACAUUAUUGCAAUAGCCAAAUGGGCGAAACUAUGAGGCUACCACCAUUCAAAACUUUUGUGCCAAAGACAUAUGAAAUCGGUACAAUUAAUCUCGACCCAUUAAUUGGAGUUUCACCUGCUAAAAACAAUACUGAAUUGAUGAGUUGAGUUUUCAAGGUUUAUAUGCAGUGCUUAUGAAAUUUUCUGUGCUAUGAAAAUAAUCAUUUCAAAUUUAAUGGCCAAUGUAAAUGAUAUGAUACAUGUAUCCACUUGAAAUUCCUUUUUUUUUUAGUGCACUUCUGAAAUGGAAGACUGAUGGAGAAUACCUAUUCAGGACUUCAGAUUACCAUAUACAUUAGCGGGUUUCUCGAACCCACUUUUAGUAUCCUUGCAAAUAACAGCACAUUUUAUUCAUCUUGUUUUCCCUCUUUUCGCUUUUUUUUUGUUUUGUUUUGAUAUCUUCCAGACUGGCAGUUCUCACAUUACUUAUAAAAUCUGUUGAACUGCAGCUCAUAUUUUACAUUACCACUUUUCGUCUUGGGACUUUUUAUUUAAGGUUCAAAUAUCAAUAAAUUGGUGUGUUGAGUUC